UAUGUGCUUGUUAUAACUUGGAGUGAGCAUCUAAAUGUGAACGCAGUUAUACUGAAACUUUCAUCUUCUCAGAUCCAAGGAAAAACAUUGGGAUCAUUAGAAGAAUGGAUUCAAUGGAAAUCGAUGACAACAUAUAUAUAAAUAAGAGUUUCACAAUGGAAGGCCUCAUCACCUCAGAAGAUUUCCAAAGAAGAAAGCAGCCAUCCAGAUGUGCUACUCUGUGUCUUGGGUUACUGUGUGCUGUCCUGUUGGCUGGUAAUAUGGGACAGAUCAUCUACUAUGAGAUAAUCGCCCGUCCUGCGAUGGCAAACUCAAUGCAGGAAAAUGGUCUGACUCAAGAGAAGGACCAGCUCCAAACUGAUAACAGCAUCCUGACCACAGAGAGAAACCGACUGCAGAGCAAUUAUGAUUCUUUAACUGCAGAAGAAAAAGAGUUAGAGGCCACACUGAGUAACCUGACUAAAGACAGGGAUCAGUUGCAGACCAGUUAUGAUUCUCUGGAUAAAGAGAGAGAACAGCUUCUCACCAGUAAGACGUCUCUGACUAUUGAAAGAGAUGAGAUCAAGGCCAGUUUCAACAAUCUGAAAAAUGAGAGAGACCAGAUACAAGCAAGUUACAACACUUUAAAACAAAGCAGCGAUCAAUUAAACACAAGCUAUGAUGCAAUUCAGAGGAAUCAUGAGGAUCUGCAGACCAAACACGAUAAUCUGACAUCAAAUAAAGACCAGCUAGAGACCAAUUACAGUAUCCUGCAAAAAGAAAAAGAUGCAUUAAGGACCUCUUUGAGUACACUGACAGCAAACAGAGAUAACUUACAGGGCAACUUCUCUUUACUGAAUAGGAACAUGGACCAGUUGCAGACCAGUUAUAAUUCUUUGGCUAAAGAGAGAGAACAGCUUUUAACCAGUAAAGCAGCUUUGACUGCUGAAAGAGGUCAGCUCAAAGCCAGUUUCAACAAUCUGAAAAAUGAGAGGGACCAGUUGCAGAGAAAUUACUCUUCACUGGAUAUGGAAAAGGACCAGUUGGAAAGAAACUACAGUACACUCAGUGUAAGGAGCACUCUGCUUCAGAUCAGCUACAAUUCAUUAUGGAAAGACAAAAAACAAUUGCAAAGCAGUUAUAAUACUCUGCAGAGGGAAAAGGUUCAAUUACAGACCAAUUAUAGCAUCUUGGCAACAGGUAGAGAUCAGCUUCAGAAGAAUAUUGACAAGAUGACUCUCAAACUAAGAGCAGGCAUGCGCUGUCAGUCAAGCUGGACGAAGUUUGACACCAGCUGUUACUUUAUUUCAAGCCUGAAGAAAAGCUGGGCUGAAAGCAGACAAUACUGCAUGUCCUUGGGAGCAGAUCUGGCUAUCAUAGACAGCAGGAGUAAACAGAUAUUCAUCAGUGGGUUACUGAAACCAAACCAAAAUACCUGGAUUGGUCUGACUGAUAGUCAAACAGAGGGGACCUGGAUGUGGGUGGAUGGGACCCCAGUCACCACAACGUAUUGGCAGCGUGGGCAGCCCAACAACUCCUUGAAUCAGGACUGUGGAGAAAUUGUGCACAAAUCUGGAGAAAUGGGAGAAUGGAACGAUGACGGCUGUUUUGCUGGUCAGACAUUUAUCUGUGAGAAAUAAGACCGCAAUGAGUGACACUGUUAAUGAUGGACUGUGGUUCUAAAGUUUAAGGAAAAGUCUGAUGAUAUUCAAUAUUUUUCUCAUUGAAUU